CUAUAAUUAAUAUUUAUGUGUUUUCUUUAUAUUAAAAGUCAAUUCUAUGUGGUGUCAUUUUUCAGUGUCCCCCAAGUUAAUACUUUUUUGUUCUAUUUCAGGAACAGAAAAGUAGUAGACUACUCACAGUUUCAGGAAUCAGAUGAUGCAGAUGAAGAAUAUGGUAGGGAUUCAGCCCCUCCAGCAAAGAAAAUGCGUUCAUCACCAAGAGACGCAAAAAAUAAGAGGAGGUCUGGAAAAAAUUCUCAGGAGGACAGUGAAGACUCAGAAAAGGACAUGAAGACAAAGAGAGAUGAUUCACAUUCAGCUGAUGAAGAUUUUGGCAGUGAGGAUGAUAUAGGAGCAGAUGAUGGUAAAGCUGAUAGUGACUACGAAAGUUCUCAAAAGAACAAAAAAGGAAAAAAAGUGAAGCCUGAGAAGAACAAAAAAGCUGCUUCCAGAUCUAGAAAAAGGGCUGCAGAGGAUAGUGAGGAUGAGAAAGAAGACCACAAAAAUGUGCGUCAGCAGCGGCAAGCAGCAUCCAAAGCUGCAUCCAAGCAAAGAGAAAUGCUAAUGGAUGAUGUGGGCAGUGAGGAGGAAGAUCAGGAAGAGGAAGAGACAACAUUUCAGGAAAAAGAUUCUGCCAGCGAUGAAGACUUCCUUGCGGAAGAUGAUGAUGAUAGUGACUAUGGCAGUUCUAAAAAGAAGAAUAAAAAAGUGGCUAAGAAAUCGAAACCAGAAAGGAAAGAAAAGAAAAUGCCUAAACCAAGACUAAAGGCUACAGUUACACCUAGUCCGGUAAAGGGCAAAGGAAAGGGCGGUCGUUCCACAGCUUCAAAGACAUCAAAAGAAAAAAACCCAUCCCCAAAAGAUGAUGAUGAUGAACCUGAAAGUCCUCCACAAAAGAAGAAAUCAGUUAGUCCUCCUCCAGACAAAUCUGGGGAUGAAGGGUCUGAAGAUGAAGUCCAGUCUGGUGAAGAUUAAACGGUGGUGUGGGAGAGAAACUUUUUUGAGAGAGAGUAAGGAAAAGAGGAUAUGCUUAGGGGUAGAACAUGGUUUUGGUUGUGGCUUAACUAUUGGGCUGUGAAUGCCACUUUUACUUUAGUUGUUUUAAUAGUACAAUUCUUCUGUUUUGUUUUUUUUUAAAAACCUUUAUGUUUUGAUGUCACAGUCUCUAUUGGCCAUUCUGUUCUCCCCAACAAACCUGAAAGCCAUUUAGAUUUAAAUUAACAGCUAACUAAAGAUAUAUUUUUGAAAGCUUACUACAGCUGUUAAGCAAUAAGAUUGAAGCUGACCCUUGGAGAUCAUUGUUAACAAAUAGAAUAGAUUUUCCAAAGCUGAGAAGUCAAUUUGCUUAAUUGAAUCUAAAACGAAUAGAUUAUUGCAUAUAGCAUUUUUAUUGACGUAAACCCACCUUUUGUAACUGAAUUAUUUUGAAUUCCAUUAUGCAUUGCAAGUUCUAAUACUCUGAAUCUUUUGGCUUCCACUGUUUAUCUUAGUGGCCAAGGUUAUUUUAGUAACAAUUUAGUCUGAUCUGUUCCAGGAUUUGAGAAGGUCAUACCUGUUCAUACCAUUUAUAUCCUUUGUUAGGACAAAGAUUUAGGACAAAGAUUUCCAUUGACUAAAAUGCAUUAAUAUCCUUAUAGCUUAUUCUGAAAUUUCUGUGCUUUUUCUGCUUUCUUUCUAUUACGUUUGAUUUCAUUGAGAAAUUCUGGAAGCUGGAAUUACUGCUUUAAAAUUUUUGAUCAAUGCACUGAAUGAGUGAUUACACAGUAUCUUUUUCAACCACUGGGUAUUCAUUUAAAUAUAUUUCACAAAGUUGGAAUACCCUGCUUCUAUAACAUAAUGUGUUUUUACCAUACCCUUCAUUGUUUACUUCCCUUUCUGAAGAGUGAGUCCUGGUUCAUAACCAAGCCUUAUUUUUGGUUAGCAGAAGCAGGAUGCCCAUGCUAAACAAGAAACAGGGUGUAAACUGGAAGACAUGAUUGAUACAACAGCAAUCCUGACAGAAUUAACAUUUUAGUAUCUAUGCUUAUAUACUGUAAUAUUUCUGCUUAUAUACUGUAAAUUUAUAAAAAAUCAAAUGGAUAGCAACCCCAAAAAUAUUCUCUUAGUAGUCUAGGUCUAUAUAAUAAGUAAGACAAAGCCAAAGUGAAAAUGAAGCAUAAUUUUGGUUUUCUCUUUCUCACAUGUGCAUACAUACUCACAAACCCAACAAAGUACAAUUUUGUCUUUCAAAAAUACUUGGCUUAUCCUCCCUUUUUUAUUUAAAGCAAUGCUACUUGUGUCUGUGAUUGGUUCAAAUAUAAAUCUGGGUCGUUUAGCAAAAUAAUACACACAUCUUGGCUUGAAGUGAUAUCUUUGAUCUAGAUGUUGGCUUAAUAAUUUUUGAACAACAUCUAGAAAGUGAAAAUGCUUUGAGUUUCUCCUUGGACAGAAGCUAAUUUGAGCGGAGUAUUUUUUGCCAAUUUAAUUGAAAUUUAAAUGUUGAAGGGUUAUAGCUAAGUAUUAUGUCUGAAUUCUGAGUUCAAAACAGUCUUAUCGCAUCCUACAAAUUAAUUACUUGGUGACCUAGUAUAUGCAGUUGAUCCAAAUGUGCAGGUAUUGAAGUGAUUACCUCGUAAUUAUUAUGGUCAGCCAGCAAUAUAUAUUUUUGCUGCUGAUUCAGAUUGGUUUUAUAUAAUAUGCAUUUUUUUCUUUUUAAGCUUUAGCUAACAGAUACAACUGUGUAAUAAGAAUUGGGUUGCCAUUUAGAUUCUUCCUCUGUUUUUCUUCCAGAUAAAUGAUGGCAAUUGAAUUUCUUAAUCCUAAAUCAAAUGCUGUGCUUUCACUGAUCCUUGCAUUUAACUCCUAGACAAAAAUAUUUUCAAGGUUCCUGAAAUCUCUUAAUUCAGAUAGUAGUUUGGCCUUUUUCCAUUUGAUAACCAAUACAGAGACUGAACAUUAAUUUUUCCCUUACUGUUCACAACAAAGCAACAAAGUAAUAUUUUAAAUAUUUCAUUCUAUUUUGCAGUCUUCUGUCUCUCUGUGCAUAUUGCUUUUAUGUGAGGUAUUUUAGGGAUUCAAUAGCUAUAUUAGUUUAUUACUUUGUUCCAUAGAACAAGUGUUGCCAGAUAAACAAAUAGGUAAUAUUCCAGUGGGCGCUAAUCACACUAUAUUGGUUGCAUCCUGGGAAUGGCAGGUUUUUUGACGUAGUUUUAAUUAAGUAUUUCUUGCAUUUGCUGAAAAACCAAAAGCAAAUAAGUUUAGUGUAUCUAAGUUAUUGCUUCAUAUAUAAAUGUGAUCGCAACAGGGGUAUACAUAAAAUUUCAGUCAAGUUUUGAGAGGUGUGUAUUUACACAUUACCUUCGAGGCCUGAACAGGUAAUGGUGGCUAUAAUACUGAAGAAAUAACUUGCACACCGUAAAAGGAUAAUAUUUAGAUACAUUCUUUGCGAUGACUUCUCUUCGGUAUAUUAUUCUACCACAGAUCAAACAAAAUGCAGGGGCAUAAUGACUGGUUUGAUCUAUUAUUAAAAAAUCAUGUUGAAAUAUAUUGGGGGGGGGAGAAAGAAAUGUAUAUGCAUUUGGGUGGUUGAUGUGAUAUAAAUGUUGAAUAUACUCAAUUGUAAUUGCCUGCACCAAAUACUGAAACUGUUAAUACUUUUAGACUGAUUUUUAAAGCAUUACUCAAGUAUAUGAGACAGCUUAACUAGAGCUAAGGAAGAAAUGCUAUAACAUGCUGGAAAUUUAUGAGCUGUAGAAAUUGGUGCUUUUGCUUUAUGUAAUUUUUCUGUGGAGUGUUUAUUUUUUAUAACAAAUCAUAAUGUUGACACAUGAUUUUAUAAAAUAAAAGGAAAUCAAUUCCCAUGAUUUUAGGUAUUUGGUAAAUCAUAUUAGUAUUUUGGGGGAGAUUUAACUCUUUCCCCUUUUCGAUUAAAUGACUGGAUCUGAAUGGCUUGGUCUCAACCUUGGUCCUCCUGUUACUGAAACUCUCCUUUCUUUCUUUCCACCAAUACCACCCCCUCAAUUUCAGUUGGAGUCUGGGAUUAACUCCUCUUGUGUGAAAUUCACAGUGUAAAAGCUAGAUAUGGAUGUACUUGUGAUGAUUUUCAGGGCCCAAAAUUUAUAAGCAAAACUAAGCUGACAUUUGGCUGGAGUAUCUCUUUCCACUUUCUUCAGUUUACUGCUUUGCUGAAGGACUUACACUUCAUUAUUUUCUGUUUAAAAACUCUUCUAACAUUUAAAGCAAGUGCUUCUCUAUUUUGAGUCUAUUAAAGGAGUCACUACAUUUUGAUUUGAUGUGUUAACCUUUUUUAAAAAGAUCUGUUGACCCAAAUGUGCUGUUCCAAACAGUGGAAUGGUUCCAUCAGUUAGAGCAUGUCUGGUAUGAUUGUAAAAUACCAUUGUGUAUACAUUUUCUAUACCUGGGUAGGGAUUUUUAAAUUGAGAAUACAGCAUUGGGGCAGAACAUAAACUUGCUAUAGCCACAAUAACAUAAAAACCCUUCAAGUAUCUUGUAUGAGUGGAAAUGAAAGCGCAUGUGUGUACGCAUGCAUGAGUGUCAGUCUGACAAAAUGUGUGUUAGAAAUUUGUGGUUUACUGCUGGAGAAACAAUUAUUACAAAAAUUGUAUAUAAGAGUUUUACAUAAUUUGUUUAUCAGGAACAUGGCACAGUCAAACCCUAACAGUUCCCACAUUAUAGAAAGUGACAAAUGAGCAAGUGCUCUUUGUAUCAGAUAGAAAUUGAUUGAAUUAAAUAUCAUGGAUAUUUGUCUUGGAAUUAGCUAUUUUGAUGGGUUCUAAAUCUGUCCGGAUUAUUGGAAAGCAUAUAUUCAAAUGCGGUACCAAGGCCACUAGUCAUGAUGAAUAACCAAUAAAGUUGUCAGUCUGUUGACAAUGAAAUCUGCAGCAUGGUACUAAGGAUCAGUUUGAAUGUAAUGCUUUAUAUAAAAAUGAAUUUCAAAAGGGAGGGGGGUUGAAGUGAACAUGAUAUUGUUAACCAUGUUCGUGAAUUAUAGAUGCAACAUGCAUUGGUAGAAUUGUGUGACAGUCUUUCGUGCUACUUAAUUUUACAUAUUCCAGUCUCUGUAUGUACUUGCAAUUAAAAAAAAAAGUUCCUGCCUUGCUUUUUAUUGAAGGGUUCCCAGGACUGCAUAUCAAUUAUUGAGCUCUGUUUUAAAUAUGUGUACCCUUGGCUUGUAUUUUGUAUUAAAAGAGAACAUGGAAAAGAACCCUUUAUUGUUCAGCAUGUUGGAAUUGUGUCACCCUUAUUUUCUCUCUCCUCUCUCUCUCUCUCUCUCUUUCCCUUUUUUGUUUUGUUUUUGUUUGUUUUUGUUUUUUGAAUAUAUUAAGCAACUUAUUCUUCUGUAUCUUUUUUUCUUUUGUAAACUUUUUGGUUUUGUUUAAAAAUGGCUUUAUAAAAGGGCUUUUAUAACCCAUA